AAAAAAAUACCUAAGCAAUGUUGAUGAAGAAAAUUUAUUCAGAAAUAUUUCUUUUGAAACAUGGCAGUAUCUACGAUAAGUUUUUCAAACGCAAUCUACGAUACAUACCCGCGCGAAUGUGCCCUAUCUUCCAAGUUAUAUAAAGGAGUAGGUUGUUCCUCAACGCUUAUAUACCAGGAACGCUUCUGCGUAAUGCUUCUAUGGCCUGGCUGUUACUUCCACGCAACAGCAUUCGUAUGCUCAUGCUUGUACUCCAAUUGACAGUACUACUGGUUGAUUCUACUUCCCGCCUGCACGGCGUUGGAAGCAGCAGCAAUGGCACCGGCGACGACCUGUCCGCUCUGCUGGCUUUCAAAGCGCGGCUCUCCGAUCCUCUCGGAGUCCUUGCCAGCAACUGGACAACCAAGGUGUCCAUGUGCCGCUGGGUCGGCGUGUCGUGCAGCCGGCGGCGGCCGCGGGUGGUCGUCGGAUUGCGCCUCCGUGACGUUCCUCUCGAAGGAGAGCUCACCCCUCACCUUGGUAACCUCUCUUUCCUCCAUGUUCUCAGACUCACCGGCUUAAACCUCACAGGUUCCAUCCCAGCUCAUCUUGGGAGGCUGCAACGUCUUAAGUUUCUUGAUCUUGCCAACAACGCCUUAUCCGAUACUAUUCCCUCUACACUAGGGAACCUGACGAGGCUUGAGAUUCUUAGUCUAGGUUACAACCACAUCUCAGGGCACAUACCAGUGGAGCUGCAAAAUCUUCAUAGCCUUAGGCAAACGGUUCUCACGAGCAAUUACCUGGGUGGUCCGAUACCAGAGUAUUUAUUCAACGCUACACCUUCUUUAACCCACAUAUACUUGGGGUACAAUAGUUUAUCAGGGUCCAUACCAGACUGUGUUGGCUCCUUGCCCAUGCUUCGAUUUCUUUGGUUGUCAGACAAUCAGCUCUCUGGUCCAGUCCCUCCUGCCAUUUUCAACAUGUCUAGCCUUGAAGCCAUGUUUAUCUGGAAUAACAAUCUGACGGGGCCUUUACCUACUAACCGAAGCUUUAAUCUCCCUAUGUUGCAAGACAUAGAAUUAGACAUGAAUAAAUUCACAGGACUAAUCCCGUCAGGGCUUGCUUCAUGCCAGAAUCUUGAGACAAUUUCUCUGCAAGAAAAUCUUUUUUCAGGUGUCGUGCCGCCAUGGCUGGCUAAUAUGUCACGUCUUACUAUCCUCUUUUUGGGUGGCAAUGAGCUCGUUGGUACGAUCCCUAGUCUGUUGGGAAAUCUCUCCAUGCUCAGAGGCCUUGACCUCUCAUACAACCACCUAAGCGGCCACAUUCCGGUGGAGCUGGGAACACUGACAAAACUCACGUAUCUCUAUCUUUCACUUAAUCAGCUCAUCGGAACUUUUCCAGCCUUUAUUGGAAACUUAUCUGAAUUGUCAUACUUGGGAUUGGGAUAUAACCAGCUGACAGGGCCUGUACCAUCAACGUUUGGAAACAUCAGGCCUCUCGUUGAAAUUAAAAUUGGAGGCAAUCACCUCCAAGGGGAUCUCAGCUUCCUGUCUAGCCUUUGUAACUGUCGCCAACUUCAGUACCUCUUGAUAUCACAUAACUCUUUCACCGGGUCUCUCCCAAACUAUGUUGGAAACCUCUCAACUGAACUCUUAGGAUUCGAAGGAGACGACAACCACUUAACUGGUGGCCUUCCAGCUACACUGUCAAACCUUACUAAUCUGCGAGCGCUAAAUUUGUCAUACAACCAACUCAGUGAUUCCAUACCAGCUUCCCUCAUGAAGUUGGAGAAUUUGCAGGGACUUGAUCUUACCUCGAAUGGAAUAUCUGGUCCUAUCCCUGAAGAGAUUGGUACGGCAAGAUUUGUAUGGUUGUACCUGACCGAUAAUAAGCUCUCAGGUUCCAUACCUGAUAGCAUUGGUAAUCUCACCAUGCUACAAUACAUUUCUCUAUCUGAUAACAAGUUGUCAUCGACUAUCCCAACAAGUUUAUUUUAUCUUGGUAUCGUGCAGCUCUUUCUCUCCAAUAAUAACCUCAAUGGUACAUUACCAUCUGAUCUCAGCCACAUCCAAGAUAUGUUUGCCCUAGAUACUUCAGACAAUUUAUUAGUUGGUCAGCUCCCAAAUUCAUUUGGAUACCAUCAGAUGUUAGCCUACCUAAACCUGUCUCACAACUCAUUCACAGAUUCAAUCCCGAACUCUAUUAGCCAUCUGACCAGCUUAGAAGUAUUGGACCUUUCUUAUAAUAAUCUUUCAGGCACUAUACCUAAGUACUUAGCAAACUUUACCUACCUCACUACUCUGAACCUCUCUUCUAACAAGCUAAAAGGCGAAAUACCAAAUGGUGGUGUUUUCUCAAAUAUAACCUUGAUAUCUUUGAUGGGCAAUGCUGCCUUGUGUGGUCUUCCUCGUCUAGGAUUUUUACCAUGCCUAGACAAGUCACACUCAACUAAUGGUAGCCACUACCUGAAGUUUAUACUCCCUGCCAUCACAAUAGCAGUUGGCGCACUUGCUCUUUGUUUGUACCAAAUGACUAGAAAGAAGAUUAAAAGGAAGCUAGAUAUUACUACACCUACUUCUUAUAGGUUAGUAUCAUAUCAAGAGAUUGUUCGUGCCACGGAAAGUUUCAAUGAGGAUAAUAUGUUGGGAGCUGGAAGUUUUGGCAAGGUUUACAAGGGUCAUUUGGAUGAUGGAAUGGUGGUUGCGAUUAAAGAUCUAAACAUGCAAGAGGAACAGGCUAUGAGAAGCUUUGAUGUUGAGUGCCAGGUUCUACGCAUGGUUCGGCAUCGCAACUUGAUAAGGAUACUAAGCAUAUGCUCCAACUUAGAUUUCAAAGCACUGCUGCUUCAGUAUAUGCCCAAUGGCAGCUUGGAGACGUACUUGCACAAGGAAGGCCACCCUCCACUAGGAUUCCUCAAGAGACUGGAUAUUAUGCUUGACGUGUCAAUGGCAAUGGAGCACCUUCACUAUCAUCAUUCUGAGGUUGUUUUGCACUGUGACCUCAAGCCUAGCAAUGUGUUGUUCGAUGAGGAGAUGACGGCGCAUGUGGCAGACUUUGGCAUUGCAAAAUUACUGUUAGGUGAUGACAACUCUGCAGUUUCAGCCAGCAUGCCAGGGACAAUAGGAUACAUGGCUCCAGAAUAUGUAUUUAUGGGAAAAGCAUCACGAAAGAGCGAUGUGUUCAGCUAUGGGAUCAUGUUGCUCGAAGUCUUCACCGGGAAGAGGCCUACGGAUGCCAUGUUUGUUGGUGACAUGAGCCUUAGGAAGUGGGUUUCUGAAGCAUUUCCAGCCAGGCCUGCAGAUAUUGUGGAUGGUAGGCUUCUACAGGCUGAAACAUUAAUAGAACAAGGUGUUCAUCAGAACAAUGCAACCUCCUUGCCGCGCUCUGCUACCUGGCCAAAUGAAGGCCUUCUUUUGCCAGUAUUCGAGCUUGGCUUGAUGUGUUGCAGUAGCUCACCUGCAGAACGGAUGGAAAUAAAUGAUGUGGUCGUGAAGCUCAAGAGCAUCAGGAAGGAUUAUUUCGCUUUUACAGGAGCAAUAUAAAAUUAGCAUUUGAGCGCAUUUUGUUUAUCUAUAUUAUAUGCGGACACUAUCUCACUUGCUAGUAGCCACAAUUAUUCUCAAGUAAGACUCAUUCGAGCCUAAAGUACUGUAUCGACAUAUAAAUGAAGAGAAUUUUUACUGUCCAGCAGGUGGAGGCGGUACCAAAUACGUCCGUUGGGACAGAUCUAAUGGCUGAAAAUCGUCAGUAUCGUGAGGUACCGUAAAUCCUGUGCGAUGAUACCUCUUCUCCGUCCGCAUGAAUUGAGCAGGUGGAAGGGUAGAACUGGAUUUUUAACUUAAAUUUAGAGUUGAUUUUGAGGUUUUUUCAUCGUAGUUUAUUUUUCAGCCUUUACUUUUAGAUCUAUAUGAACACAUAUAUAAAAGUUUUAAUUUACAAAUUAUUUUCUAUUUGCAAAUAUGUCGUUUCGCUUAUUCGAAACGAUGGAGUCCUUGAGUUUUUUUCGAAUGUGAAACCAGAUUACUUUCUACUACAAAUAAACACCGUAGUUUUUUUUCAAAAACUAUACUUUGAUCUAAUUUCUUUUUAAUGUUAUCAAUAACUACAAAAUUAGUAUAACAUGAAAGUAUUUUAAAAUACACAUAUAAUGAUAUG